CAGGACAACCAGCAGCUGAACGAGCGAGCGUGCAUGAAGUCAUGCCACAGUCAGAUUUCCAGAGACAAGUUUUGCGGAUUCUUCACAUCAUGCGACUUGCACAGCAGGAGCAAGGCGAUCUCCUUCAUGAAGUGUCUAGGCAACUUGUGCAUUCAGACCCCAUUGUUGCUGAAGCCCCUCUAGUACCAACUCCAUUUGCAUCCUGUGAAGCUCUGGUGGACUUCAACGACUCACUUAAUGAGCAUAUGGAGACACGUUUGGUUGAAGAGCUUGCUCAGCUUGGGGGCAGCGAAGUGAGGCAAUCAACGAGAAAGAUACUUGAGUAUCUCCUGACAGACUACGUUGCAGCUGAAUUCAGCUGGUUAGGUCAGAAGGGCAAGCGGAAAUUUGAACAGCUGAAACUUCCACAGCUUAUCAUCCGUGCCGUGAGGAAGAACAUCAGGCUCUCUGCAGCCACUAGAUAUGAAGUGGAGAGCGUGAUCAAGACGUGGCUCCGUCACGCAAAAGAACGCUGCACCAGUAAGCGAGCACUGACUGACCAUGCACCUUCACAACAGGACUGAGUGAGCUACAAAAAAACGUACCUGUGAAAGUGCAGUUUUUCGUACAUGGCAUUCAUUUUUAGGUUUUAGUUGUAUCAACGUCUGGUUUUACUUCUAGUCUGGCCACAUUCCUUUGCGAUGUUUGAGAGUUUGAACUGAUUUUGAAGCACACAGUUUGAAACGAGACAGUUUCACCUAAGCCAGUGUGGAGAACUUCAUAAGUGUAACGACUUGAAGGUGAACAUGUUUGGCACAAAUGUGUCUGGUUGGGAUAAACUCAAUGGGAGGAAAAAGACUAACACCAACUAAAGUUCAAUCAAGAGAGGUACUGCCGUUUCUAAGUCUACUGGCUCCUUUCUCAGGGGUGACAUUUGAAGCCAGAGAGACUUUCAUACAAGAGUAUUCACCGUUUUUUCUAUCACAUGGCCCAGGCCAUUAACAUAGACAGGCAGUGCAACCAAGGGUCGA